GAUCAGAUAAAAAACAAACCAGACGAUAAGGGGGACGUCGACCUCGCAAAUCCAACCAGACUGGCAAACGACACAUCUUCAUUCAACCUCCCCAUAGCUCUUUGACCUAAAUCUACCAUCUCGCACGACCCAGCGACACCUCAUCACCACACCUCUCCACCAUCACCUUGUCUCGCAGCCCACCACAACCAUGUCACCCACGCUAUGGGGUCUCGACCUCCGUCAGGUCCACCCUGCCAAGUUCAAAUCCUCCUACAUGUGGAACAACGUCUACCACCUCCGCCGUACCAAGUUCAUCGUCUACCAACUCGCCAUGAUCUUUUGCGUCAUCUCCGAGUCCCUAGGUACGGCGGCCUUGUCCAACUACAGGGACCAAGCUAAAGAUAUCGCCAGGCUGGAGACGGACGGGGUGGCGGAAUGGAGCGGGGAUUAUAUCGGGGUGGCCUCGUAUAACAUCUUCAACGGAAUUUUCGUCGCGUUCGUCUUUGGUGCGGCGUUCUUUUUCGACCUGAUCUUCCCCGAACGGAGAGAGGAUAAGGGGAUCAGAAGGGCUUGGAAGUGGUGUGCGGUAGCUACUUGUUUUACUACGCUGGCUAGUGCGAUCGCUAUGAGCGUCAUCUUUGCGACCCGUUCUUCCCGAAUCUCAGGGACCCCGGAACAAAUCGCCUACAUAACCCAGCGUCUUCGGGAGACCGGCUCGGACCCGCUAAAUUACCGGGACAACGCUUUGGCGAAAGCUUCUCUUGCUUUCCUCUGGCCCGGGUGGGUAGCGUGUAUCGCUGCGACCUGGGUGCUGUGGAAGUCCGACAAGUGGACGGUGAGGAACGGACCUUGGAGCGGGAGUGAGAGGAGGUUGAGGGAGGAAGAAGGGUGUUUCGAUUACCCCGGUCUGGUCCAGGCUGGGGUUCCUACCAAUCCGCCUGUCAACGCUCCGGAGGUACCGACGCAGAUGGAGGUGGAGACUUCUAGCCAGACCACCUUGAACCCCGCUGUGCCCCCUACUACCACUACUUCCAACGCGGACCUCGAAGCCGGUCUAAACUUCAAAUCCGCUUCCCCGGCGAACAGGUUGAAACCGGGUCAAGAGGGGUACGAUUACCACGCCGACAAGCUCGCUGACAAGGGACGGGGUGGGGGGCCGACGUUGAGGCCUAGUCAGGUUGAGGCGGGGGUGAGGAGGAUGGGGGAUAAGCCGAAGAAGGAGAAGGUUGGGUCGGGGGAGAAGUAGGGUUAUGAAAUGAGGGGUGCCGGAUGGGGCCGCGAGACGAUUUCUUCUCCCGCCAAUGCCGACAUCCCAACUAGGCGGAUCGGUCUGUGGUAGACCGAACACCUGGUUACACCACUCGACGAUAACGGCGAGCCGAAUUCCAAUGAAUAUCUCCCGACAUACCUCUUGCAAUACAAACUACAAAACCGAUACAAACGCCUUUCUUCUUCUUUUCACGACCGGACGACAAACUUAAUACCAACAUCACCCUCGACAUGUGUCUGCAUUUACAACGCCCUCAACCUUAAUACCGACAUUUGCUUCUUGCGAGACUGCGACUCGGACUGUGAUUUGUGAGCUAAUAGAUGGGAAAACGCGAUCUUGUCUCCCUUGAAACCCUGCUGUAUCCAAUUACUAUAAUCAUCAUCGUAUCGUGAUAUCAAUUAUUGCAUGUGUGUGUUC